AUGGAACACUAUCUGGUUCUGGCUGGAUUACACACUUUUCUUCCGGUGGGAUAUGGCGAGUCAUACGCCCACCUCUGGCAAGAAAAAAAGAAGAACAAGAAGCAAUUAUGGCGCGUAUUCGAAGGUUUGCUAGCUUUUGUUUAUGACACGGGAGUAACCGACACACUGGAAAGUUAA